AGCUGCUCACUCACACACGGUUGUGCCGCCCGUUUUUGACAGCUCCUUGCGUGUGCGAGUGUGUGCGGGUGUGUGUGUGUGUGCGUGUAUCUCGGAAAGGAUCGACCAUCCAUCGGCGGGUACCUUUUCGCUCUGCUCGUGCUACUGUUUGCCUGCUGUUAGUUGUGCUCUCCGCUUUCAGUGUUCUUGUGUUUUGCGUUUGCCCGCGUUAACCCUACUUCCCCACCAUCCAAAUCGCACGCCGAACGUGUCCGCCACGGUCGUACACCGUCACAGUCGUCCAGCACGCGCGUCCCAGCCGAUAAAACCUGUGGUGCAAAACGUUCCUCCAGGUUCGUACCCAGUCCGUGCGUGAACGCAGUGGCUCGUGAAUAAAACCAAAAAAAAAACAGUCCCACGAAAAGGGUGACGCGGGAGGGUGAAAGGUCGCCGUCGUGUGUCGCUCACGUGUCGUGGUGCGCCUGCUUGCCCCGUACAUCGUAUAACGCUGGGUGGUGAGUGUUCAGUGUGUUUGUUUGUGUCCUUUACACCAGCCCGGUCCCGACCCCGCCACGCUUUGUCGCGUCUGUCCCGUUGGUGUGUGAAGCGGAAAACCUUUGUACGCAGCCAGAGUCUGCCACCCAAACUAGUACGCUACGCACACUGUCAAACGCGGUGAAAGUCCCGUCCCGCCGCUGCCUCUUAUCACCCUGCCACGUUUUAGUGUGGCCGCACGUGAGAACCUUUCUCACGCACCACGAGCAACAGCAACAACAACACAAUUUGGCGUGAGUGCUGCUCCGGAACCAUGCGCUCGCUGUCCGUGGUAGUGUGGUGGUUUUAGUGAAUGUGUUCGAUGUGUUAUGCCAGGGAGUAAAUUGUAGCCCUUUCGGUGUGUGUGUCUGUGUGCGCUUGUACUUGCUCUGCCUCCCUUUAUACGGUACCGUACGGGCACGGUGGAAAACACUCUCACUUCUCGGCGCCAUUGUCUGUGUGUGUAAUGAUCCAUCGGCAUCUCUCCCUUUUGCUAGUGAAAUCAUCUGUGCUGCUUGUGUGCUGUGACCGCAAACCACACUACCACCAUCGAACCAGCAGCCGUGUGUUGUAAUAUGCCGUGUUUACGAUAAAACGUCGUGAAAACUCAUAAACAGCUUUUCCAACAAGCGACAGGCGAGACGCGGGCAACAAACAGUGCAAAGCUCGGGGGGUUGCAGAAGUUACGUGGAAACGCGAGUGGAUUUCCGUGGAAUGUAAAGCCGUCCAAAUGCAGUAAACUCUUCGAAAAUCAUUGAAAGAAUAGUUGCGGUGUAGUUCGGCCUAGUGUAAUAGUGUGUUGACUUAAAAAAUCAUUCAAACAACAACUGAUCGAACAUUCAAAUAUCCUCGCAAGCAGGACAAAACUUAAGAUUACUGGAAUUUGUGUGAUUUUUGUCUUGUUGCGAGAAAAAUUCAACCAAGCAUUAAUUCGUUUAGAGUGUGCGCGUGUAUCUGUUACCAAAAACUCUCGUUGUCUGUGUGUAAUAGUGUGUUGCAAGUGGUUUUUAGCGGGAAAAUUAAAUGGUCAUAACUGCCCGUUACCAACCAGCAAGCUGAAUGUGGUUUAGCCGAUAUUGAAAUUCGCCGGAAUAUCAGGACAAAACGGAAAAAGCUUUUACUUCUGGACGUUGGAACAAGCGAAAAUUACAUCUUCGCUAUCGUAAUAUCGUGUGAAAAUUCCAUCGUCUUUACGGAAGAAAAUAGCAGCAAAAGUGAAAGCAAAAAAAUAUAUAUGUAUCGCGCGAGUGCAAGCAAAAGUGAAGCAAAUCAUCUUGUGUGAGUACGAGAGAAGCAAAAAAAAAAAAUCAAAGAGUUUUAAACAGAGAGAGAAAACAAAACAACGAAUACCUACAGUUGAAAUUAAAAAAAAAAAAAACAACAAAUCACGUUCUCGGUGCAGCAUCAUCGACAAAAAAGAUUCAUCAAUUUUUUAAGUGCGAAUUUUGCCGCCCAGCAAUUGCGAAAGAAACCCCUGAAAACAUCCCGCGGCCCAUCGACGCUGUUUGUGUGUGUGUCUGUUCAUCGGUGUUUUCUUAGUCCUUCGAACCGGACACGAGCAAUUUGGCAGUCGCAAAAAACAACGCACCAGAGAGUGAGAGAUUUGAAAACAAAAAAACAACCAUCGAUCCAGGCAGUAAAGAUCGCAAACCUCUAGUGUCCAUUAAGCAGUGUUUGUGUCCUUUGUGUGUGCGUGUGCUUUAGAAAAAAAAGAGCAUUCGCCGUCCCGAUUUCCCUGCGCCCUUGAACAGCUUUGCCAAGGUUGCUGCUUUUCCGCAUCCUUUCUACAAUCUAUCUGUCUGUUUCUGUUGUCCACAACCGCACAUACACACACACAUCCAAUACAUACAAAAUCCCAAACAUAAACACUCUCUUCUAUCCUUACACAGACACAUGCAUUGAGCCAUCCCUCUUACGCACUUGCCUGCUAGAUGUCCUUCUGUGCGCGCUCGUCGUAAGCUGCUGUGCCGCUGUUGCAGUUCCACAC